AUGUUUCUGCUGCUGCUUCAUCUGCUCGUGAUCUCUGGUCUUGGAGCAACAGGACAAGGCGGAGAGCUGCAAAGGAACAAGAGGAGAAUUCAGCACCUUUCCUAUCAAGAUAAAGAUUUGCUUGAAAGAGAGGGCCCUAGCAAGUUGCUGGUGCAAGAUCCUGUGGACUAUGAAGAAAUCCUAGAAGAACCAAGUUUAUUUGUAGCAGCCCCAGAGCUGGCAACAGAGAGCAGAAAGCAAGGAGAAAAAAAAUCAUCCAGAUUUAUCCUUCCAUAUGUAGAGCUUGAUGUGCACCGAGAUCUGGGAAGCUGGACUGCACCAAAAGAGACCUCCCAUUCUGAAAGCAUGAGACGCUUCCUACCUUCACACUCAGUCAACAAGAAGGAAGCUGAGCCCCCCUACAGGAAAGAUGCUAAAAAAUUCUGGGACCAUUUCAUGUUUAAAAAAAAUUCAGCUUCUGAGGAGGUUGUUCUGCCAAUCAAGACCAACGAUAUGUACCAGGAGACCUGCAGGACGCUGCCUUUUUCUCAGAGUAUUGUGCAUGAGAACUGUGAAAAGGUGGUGGUGCAGAACAACUUGUGCUUUGGGAAGUGUAGUUCCUUUCACGUCCCUGGCCCAGAAGAUCGUCUUUAUACCUUUUGUUCCCACUGCUUGCCUACCAAGUUCACCAUGAAACGCUUGGAGCUGAACUGCACCAGGUCUGUCGCUGUUGUUAAGGUGGUCAUGAUUGUGGAGGAUUGCAAGUGUGAGAUUCAGAAGAUUAAAGAUUCUGAUAUAGGACCCCUACAUUCAGACUUGCAUUCAAAUGUAUAUGAGCACAAUUAA